AUGGGGAAUUCAUUUGUGCAGCGUGAUAGAGAAGAGUGUCAUGACCGAAUGAUUAAAGAUUAUUUCAUCGAGCAUCCAAGAUUUCUUGCUCAUGAUUUUCGGAGGUGGUUUCGGAUGAGAAGAGAGCUUUUUGAAAGCAUCUUAAACGCAGUUGUCAAUCAUGACCACUACUUUGUACAGAAGAUAGAUGCCGUAGGCCGACAAAGUCUAUCACCUCAUCAAAAGCUCACAUCUGCAUUUGGGAUCCUAGCUAAUGGGUGCUCUGCAGACUUAACUGACGAGUAUUGCCGUCUUGCGGAGAUUACUACUAUUGAGAACCUGAAGCCCUUCUAUAAGGUAAUUGAAGCCAGAUAUGGAGCCACAUACCUCCGCAGGCCAAAUCGUGAAGAAUUGAAGAGGCUUGUAUGCAAGGCAGACAAAAAAGGUUUCCCUCGCAUGGUAGGAAGUCUCGAUUGUAUGCAUUGGGAGUGGAAGAAUUGUCCUAAUGCUUGGGCUAGCCAAUUCAAGGGUCGUCAAAACAAGCCAAUCAUCGUGCUCGAGGCUGUGGCGUCUUACGACAUAUGGAUUUGGCAUGCAUUAUUCGACGCUCCUGGAUCAAAAACUGAUAGCAACGUUCUUUGGUCUUCUCAUCUGUCCGAUGAUGUUGUCGAUGGAUGGGUACCAUAA